AUGGAACCUGACUGGAAACUCAUUGGCAAAAACAUUUCCAAUUAUAUUGAUAAUGAAACAUUCUUAUCCACGAGAAACCCAACAGAUAUUUGCAAUGUUCUUGAUAAUUCAAAACUACUUCCCCAAGAAUUCACAACUUUAUUCACAAAUUUAUCCAAAUAUCAUGGCAAAUCAGAUAUGAUUAUGAUGCUUGGACAUGCACAUACCUCAGAAUUAGUUACACAGGCAGAAGUUGAUAAAAUCUCGGAAACCAUUUCAUCUAUUCUUGGAAUCAGCCUUCUUGAUACAGUAUUUUCAUUUACUAAAAAUAAAACUCAGGAACAAAAUUCAAAUUCACAAAUUCAAAAUAAGGAGGAAUUAAGAAAUUUUUAUGUGUAUUUCGCAAAGGAGAAGCAGUUAGAUUUCAAAGAUAUUAGUAUGAAUACUACAAUCGAGGCUUUUAAAUUAUUGCUCCAGAAUAAAUCAGGUGUUCCAGUUAAGAAUCAACUUUUAUAUAAAUGCCAUAAACCUGUGCCAAAUAGUGGCACUUUAAAAUAA